GAAGGAUUCUCUGCUCCAGAAACACUUCAGUUCAGCUCUGCAGGAACAGUCCAGUUCAGCUCCUCCAGGAACAGUCCAGUUGAGCCCUCCAGAACCUUAAGCUUUUUUUUUCUAGUAUCUCCAACAGUUUGGACUUCCUGGGUUGGAUUCCUGAUAGCACUCCUCCCCCUCCCUUCCUGCAGCUGGAUGUGCUUUCAGCAGGGCAGAAGAGAAGCAGAACCAGCAGCAGCUGAGACUGAACUGAGCUACAAGGAUCACAGUUCUGCUCUUCCUUCCAAAAUCAAAAAUAAAAGAUGGUGGCAAAAAGCAUCAACAUGAACUCUGGGGGCGUCCGCCGCUGGAGCCCUUUCAGCAGCAUCAAGGUAUUUGUGUUCUGCCACAGUUUUCUGCAGCUGGCUCAGCUUUUAGUCUCUGGUUUCAUGAAGAGCUCCAUCUCCACCAUUGAAAGACGCUACGGCCUAUCCAGCCAGAAGUCAGGGAUCCUGGCUGCCUUCAACGAGGUGGGGAACACUGUUCUGAUCAUCUUUGUGAGCUUCCUGGGAAGUCGUGUUCAUCGUCCGCGGUUCAUCGGUGGCGGUGCUCUGCUGGCAUGUUUGGCCUCGCUGCUUAUGGCACUGCCCCACUUCCUGAGUGAUGAGUACGACUACACAAAUCGAAUCAGAUCCUCCACUGAUAACAGCUCAGGCCUCUGCGGUACAUCCUCCUCCUCCAACCAAACAUGUCUCGAGCAAGACAGCCCCGCCCAACAGAUGGUCUACCCUCUGCUGCUUCUGGGUCAACUGCUACUGGGCAUUGGAGCCGUCCCUAUCCAGCCCUUCGGCAUCUCCUACAUCGAUGACUAUGCCAGUAGGAAGAACUCUCCGCUCUACCUUGGCAUCCUCCUCGCUGUGACCUCCAUCGGCCCGGCCUUCGGCUUCAUCACCGGCUCCUUCAUCCUCAAGCUAUAUGUUGACUUUGACAAACUGUCAAAAGAUAAGAUUGAGCUGGAUCCCAAAGACCUUCGCUGGGUCGGGGCUUGGUGGCUCAACUUCCUGCUGGCCUCCGGCCUCCUCUUCCUCAGCGCACUGCCUUACCUGUUCUUCCCCAGAGAGAUGCCCAAAGAGAACGCUGCUGACGAUGUUGAGUCCAGACCAGACAGUAAGCAGCCAGAGCGAACAGACCCGAUGAGGGAACUCUCCUUUAUUCAGUUCCUAAAAUGUUUCCCCCGUAUCGCUCUGCGGACGCUGCGCAGCCCCAUUUACCUCCUGGUGGUCCUGGGCCUGGUCAACCUGGCGGCGCUGGUUUCUGGCCUCGGCACCUUCAUGGGCAAGUUCAUUGAGAAGCAGUUCUCUCAGACCACCUCAUUCUCCAACAUGAUGAUAGGAGGAAUCGGGAUGCCGCUGGCGGUUCUGGGAAUCGUUCUGGGAGGAGUUCUGAUGCGUAGAUUUACCUUGUCAGUCAACAGUGCCAGCAAGUUGUGUUCUGCUGUCAUUUUUCUCUGCGUGUUCUUCGCCCUGCCGAUGAUCUUCAUCGGCUGCCCCACGCAGACCAUUGCUGGGUCCUUUCCUGUCAGGUCCAGUAACCACGCCUGUAACUCUGCGUGUAACUGUCCUCAGGAAGCAUUUAAUCCUGUGUGCGGUUCUGAUGGAGUGGAGUUCCGGUCUCCCUGCCAUGCCGGCUGUUUGUCCCGACAAAUGGACACAAACGGAAAACCCACGAACUUCACCAACUGCACCUGCAUCAAUGAAGGUUUAGGUACAGCCCGCCAAGGAACCUGUGGCAGCGGAUGUUCUCACCUGCUGCUGCCCUUCAUGGUUCUGCUGUCUCUCACCUGCUUCAUCAUCUCCUUCGCCCAAACACCGUCAUACAUGAUGAUCCUCAGGACGGUUCCGCCUGAGGAUAAGUCCUUUGCAGUGGGAGUUCAGUACAUGCUGUUCAGAGUCCUGGCGUUCCUGCCUGGCCCUGUUCUGUACGGUAGCGUCAUUGACACCACCUGCAUCAUGUGGGGUCAGAAAUGCGGCAAAAGAACUUCCUGUCUCUACUACAAUCUGGACAAGUUCAGACAGAGGUUUCUGGGUCUGAUGGUGGUCUUUGUCUGUGGAGCACUGCUUUGCUUCCUGCUGACGAUGGUCGUCCUGAGAAGAAGAGCCCAAACUGAAGUUCUAGAAAGCAAAGGAGGCUAUAAGCUUGUGGAAGAGAAGAAAGCUUCAGAAAAAGAGCAAACGACAGUGAAGACCUGAGCAGAGAUAGCUGGAGAACAAUGAGAUGGAACAUUAGGGUGUUUUCUGACAGAAACUGGAGGCUGCUCCUUGAUUCUCCUGGUGUCCACCCCAAAAAGGAGGCCGUCUUUUCUGUUUGUGCAUUUAGGACUCUACAUCCUUUACUUAAUGUGAAUGUUUGGAAAUACAAGAUUUUGAACAAAUGUGAUCAUCCAGAACACUGCAGAGCUUUAACUCCGGACUGGCUUGCUGGCAAACCCAAAGGAACACGGAUCUUUACAUGGGAUUUAUGGGCUUCCUCUUUCUAAACUACAACAGUUUCCAAAAGAAACAAAGAGGCAUCGUAACAGGAAGGAAAAGCUCAUAAAAACAGGGCUAAAAGCCAGAACCUCCUACUGCUGAAAAACAGCCUGAGAAGGUGAUCCUGUCCUCUACCUCAGGUCCACAGUCCUUCUUGUAAUAAAUUUUACAUCCCAAACCUGCAGCUGAUUAGCUGAGAAGAGCCACCAAAUGAAAUACAAAUACUCCACUUCUUUGGAAACACUGAACGUUUAUACUGUUUUAUAUGAUGGAAAUCUGCUACUUGGAUUAAAGAGGCUGCAGUUCUGCUCAAAGCAUCUAAUAGGGCUUCGAAAAAUGAGGAAAACAGCUUGAUUAAAGGCUGAUAAAGAUGGCUGAAUCGCUAAGAAAAGGAGAAUAAUCUGUGGAUUCUCCUGCUGAAACCUUCCAUCAGAGCAAACGUCCCAACUUUUCUCUUCCUGAUGCAUAUUAACGUUUCAUGCCUUUAAACUCAAUAUUGUUUUUUAUACACGUAUGAGUUUGUUUUGUAUACAAGUUUGUUAUGUACCUUUAAAAUAUGAACAAACACAAAAAAGCAGCUUAAUUUCACCAAUAAAGAAAACAUUUUUUUAA